UGGGGGCACUGCGCCGCGUAGCCACUUCUGACCCAACAGCCAGAAACAUGUGAGACAAUCGGCUGCCGCGGGGGAGAGGAUACAGCUGAGGCCGAGCUCUUCGCUUCACCGUGCUGGACCCCAGAGAGACGGGAGAAGCCUGAAAUGGACGACAACAUGGAUACCAAGUCCAUUCUAGAAGAACUGCUUCUCAAAAGGUCACAGCAAAAGAAGAAAAUGUCACCCAAUAAUUACAAGGAGCGCCUUUUUGUUUUAACCAAAACAAGCCUUUCCUACUACGAAUAUGACAAAAUGAAACGAGGAAGCAGAAAGGGAUCAAUAGAAAUUAAGAAAAUCCGAUGUGUGGAAAAAGUCAACCUCGAGGAGCAGACACCUGUGGAAAGACAGUACCCGUUUCAGAUUGUGUAUAAAGAUGGGCUUCUCUAUGUCUAUGCAUCAAACGAAGAGAGCCGAACUCAGUGGUUGAGAGCACUGCAAAAAGAGAUACGGGGCAACCCCUACCUGCUUAUCAAGUACCACAGCGGCUUCUUCGUGGACGGGAAGUUCCUGUGCUGCCAGCAAAGCUGUAAAGCAGCCCCAGGAUGUACCCUCUGGGAAGCAUAUGCUGAUCUGCACAUUGCAAUCAGUGAGGAGAAACACAGAGGCCCCACCUUCCCAGAGAGGGCACUGAAGAUUCCUCGGGCAGUUCCUGUUCUUAGAAUGGAUGCAUCAUCCUCAAGUACCACUCCGCCCCAAUAUGACAGCCACUCAAAGAAAAGUUAUGGCUCCCAGCCAGCCAUCAACAUACGCUAUAUUCCAAGGGAAGACUGCCCUGACUGGUGGCAAGUAAGAAAGCUGAAAAGCAAAUGCCCCACUGUACCAAUGAUGCAGCCACAGGGUCCUGUGGAACCUGAAAGAACUGAGGAAGACGUCGCCGCCAGUAACCAAGCGGAAAGAAAUAUUGUAUAUCACAACACCUCAAAGAUGUCAUGGGGAUUCCCUGAGUCAAGUUCAUCUGAAGAAGAGGAAAAUCUGGAUGAUUACGACUGGUUUGCUGGGAAUAUUUCCAGGUCACAAUCCGAGCAGUUACUGAGACAAAAGGGCAAAGAAGGAGCAUUUAUGGUUAGAAAUUCCAGCCAGAUGGGAAUGUACACAGUGUCCUUAUUUAGUAAGGCUGUGAAUGAUAAAAAAGGAACUGUCAAACAUUACCAUGUGCAUACUAAUGCUGAAAAUAAAUUAUACCUGGCCGAAAACUACUGCUUUGAUUCCAUUCCAAAGCUCAUUCACUAUCACCAACACAAUUCAGCAGGCAUGAUCACACGGCUCCGCCACCCAGUGUCAACCAAGGCCAACAAGGUCCCGGUGUCUGUGGCUCUGGGAAGUGGGAUUUGGGAGCUGAAGCGAGAAGAAAUCACCUUGUUGAAGGAGCUGGGAAGUGGCCAGUUUGGAGUGGUCCAGCUGGGCAAGUGGAAAGGGCAGUACGAUGUGGCUGUAAAGAUGAUCAAGGAGGGCGCCAUGUCAGAAGAUGAAUUCUUUCAGGAGGCCCAGACCAUGAUGAAACUCAACCAUCCCAAGCUGGUUAAAUUCUACGGAGUAUGUUCGAAGAAAUACCCCAUCUACAUAGUAACUGAGUAUAUAACCAAUGGCUGCUUGCUUAAUUACCUGAAGAGUCAUGGGAAAGGACUGGAAACCUCGCAGCUCUUAGAAAUGUGCUACGAUGUCUGUGAAGGCAUGGCCUUCUUGGAGAGUCACCAGUUCAUACAUCGGGAUUUGGCUGCUCGGAACUGUUUGGUGGACAGUGACCUCUCUGUGAAAGUCUCAGACUUCGGAAUGACAAGAUACGUUCUUGAUGACCAGUAUGUCAGUUCAGUAGGAACCAAGUUUCCCGUCAAGUGGUCCUCCCCAGAGGUGUUCCACUACUUCAAAUACAGCAGCAAGUCAGACGUAUGGGCGUUCGGGAUCCUGAUGUGGGAGGUGUUUAGUCUGGGGAAGCAGCCCUACGACUUAUAUGAUAACUCCGAGGUGGUUGUGAAGGUCUCCCAGGGCCACAGACUCUACCGGCCCCAGCUGGCAUCAGACACCAUCUACCAGAUCAUGUACAGCUGCUGGCAUGAGCUGCCAGAAAAGCGCCCCACAUUUCAGCAACUCCUAUCUGCCAUCGAACCACUUCGGGAACAAGAUAAGCCAUGACGAGCAAAUUUGGAAUAUUGAUGGGAAUGAGUAUAAGCAUUGACCAACACUCUCGUUCUUUUCAAGGGAAGUAGAAAGGCACAAUGUAAUUUAGCUAGUUCUUAAUAAUGUUUUAUGUGUUGUUUAUCUGUUAUAUUAUCUGCAGAAAAUAAACAAGGUAGGAAACCAUA